GGGGUAAAGGCCCAAACUGCAAGCCCGACAGCCGAUGGAUGCGUGGACCGGCGUUUCUGUACAACGAGGAGAAGGAUUGGCCACAGGACAAGUUCGAGGUGACGAUGGAAGAUACAGGAGAAGAGCUGCGACCUGCCUACGUCUGCAGUCAUUUUUUGUCAUCUCCAAUAAUCGAGGUGUCGCGGUUUUCGAAAUUUGAGCGGCUGCUACGAAGUCUGGCGUACGUUCACCGGUUCGCUGAAAAGCUUCUGCGAAGGAUCGGAAAAGGGAAAAGAGAGCAAACUACGGAUAUUAGCAGCGAGAAUCUGCGAGUUGCCGAGAGCUACCUCUGGCGAUUGGCUCAGUCGGAUGGUUACCCAGAUGAGGUUGCUACAAUGAGCCGGAACGCACAAUUGCCUCCCAAAGAUAGACGAGCGCUGAGCCGGAGCAGUCCACUAGCGAACCUUCCACCAUUGCUGGACGAAUAUGGAUUGUUGCGCGUAGAUGGCCGCGUUGCUUCCGCAGAUUGCAUGGCUUACGACACCAAGUUCCCGAUAAUACUGCCCAAAGGACACCCGUUAACUAUCUUGUUACUGGACUGGUAUCAUAGGAAAUUUCGUCACGCCAAUAAUGAAACCAUUGUGAAUGAAGUUCGCCAGAAGUUCUACGUCGCCAAGUUGAGAACGCAGAUCCGAGUCGUAGCAAAACGCUGUCAAUGGUGCCGUGUAUACAAAACUGUUCCCGUAAUUCCGAAGAUGAGCCAGCUACCGCAAGUUCGUACAACACCUUUUCUUCGGCCCUUCACUUUUGUAGGCAUAGAUUACUUUGGGCCCUACCUAGUGAAAGUUGGCCGCAGUGCUGUGAAGCGCUGGGUAGCGAUCUUCACGUGCCUGACAGUUCGGGCCAUCCACCUGGAGGUAGUGCAUACGUUAUCUACCGAUUCGUGCAAGAAGGCAGUUCGGCGAUUCGUUGCUCACAGAGGUGCGCCACAAGAGGUGUACAGUGACAACGGCACGAACUUCAUUGGAGCCAGUAAGGAACUAGAGGAUGAAUUGCGGGAUAUUAACCGUAGCUUGAGCAGCACUUUCACCGACAUGAAUACCCAAUGGAGAUUCAACCCGCCGUCUGCCCCACAUAUGGGUGGAUGUUGGGAACGGAUGGUUCGAUCCGUGAAGACGGCACUCGGAUCAUUGCCCAUGUCCCGAAAGUUGGACGACGAGUCGUUCAUCACUUUGCUGGCUGAAGCGGAGCACAUGGUGAACUCGCGGCCUUUGACGUUUCUUCCAUUGGACAGCAAGGAGCAUGAAUCAUUAACACCGAACCAUUUCCUUAUGCUCAACUCAAACGGUGUUCGGCAACCAGUCAAAGCACCAGUGGACGAGAGACAAGCUUUAAAAGGCAGCUGGGAGCUGAUCCAGAACAAAUUGGACUCGUUCUGGAAUCGUUGGAUUAUUGAAUACCUUCCAAUAAUAUCUCGGCGGUCAAAGUGGUUCACCGAUGUUGCGCCCAUAAAGGAAGGAUCUUUGGUUGUGGUGGCCGACGGGAAGGUACGGAACCAAUGGAUACGUGGUCGUGUUUGUCGAACCUAUCCAGGUAAGGACGGAGCAGUGCGACUAGCGGACGUUGAGACAACUAACGGAACUUUAAGAAGGAGAGCGGUUUGCAACCUGGCUAUUUUGGACGUAGCUAGGCAGGAUGAAAUAGCAGUGGGCGAUCGUGAUGAUGCAGAUAGCGACGGGCGCAGUAUAGCCAGCAGUCGCGGAUACGGUGCCGCUGAACAAGGUUUCGCACGACACGAGGGGGAGGAUGUUGUGACGAAUGCGUCUAUUGGCGCGCCCCCCGAAAGCUUAGAACGUUUGGAUACGAAAGUGUGAGUAGAGUAUUCAUGCGAAGGCGAACUGUCAGAGACGGUGAUAGGCGAUAAAUUGAUUAUCAUUGUUUUGAUACCGUAUAGUGCAACCUGAAUUGUAAAAAUUUAUUUAUAAUCUACCCUAUUGCGAAACAAAAAUGAACUAAAAAUACCGUAAAUUACUAAGUACGAGACCAAUUGUAAGUAACUCAAUUCUAGCUAUCUUGUGCUCUUCUAAUUAAUAAAAUCUUACAGCUUUGAGCUGAUUCUCACCGGCAAAAGGUGAAUUUUGCUACAAAGAGCUCCGAAAGGUAACCCCGACCG